CUGCAACAGUAUCAAAACAUUAAUACGAAACCAGCUUCCAGCAAUGCCGGACCCUUCACGCGCCACAGACGCGAAUAAUCGCUCGACCCCGAGCGAUAUCCCGAUAUCUCUGUCGUUUCCCGAUGUGCUUAUCAGGACUGCAGACCUCGGGAAUGAGACUUACGACACUAACGCCACGACUAGCGACAACAUCGCCCUCGGUCUUUUCGACUUUUAUGACAAUAACGCCUCCCUCUUGAACCCGGUUUAUUAUACGGCUACGGAUUUUUUCCAUGACUAUUCACCAUAUCAAUUCUUGGGGCAUAGCGAUUACACUGCUUCAGUGACUGGCUAUGACGCCAUGAGUGGUGAAGCAACGACGGCUUACUUAUCCUACUUUGCAGAAGAGCCCUCAUCUAGUCUUCUCCCCAUUGAGGAUACACAAGCAACUAGGCCGCAAGAGAGUGGAGAGGCUUCUGCUGGAAACGAUAUCUCAGCAAACGACAGUUGUCCGCUACCAGCUCCGCCGGUUGAGAACAAAUCUCAACCAUUGCGUACUCCCCGACCUCGUCAGAAACGUCGAUCGUGUCGUGGUGAACGACUAUCGCCCAGUUCACGUCUUGCGAACGAGGAAUCUAGGCCUCCGAUAUCCAUCCCUUCUCGAUUGGUCGAAUUGGGAGAACCUAGUCGGAAGGUCGAUCCUGAAAAAUCGCAGGCGCCUUUAAAAAGGAAGUCUGAAUCCGGGACGCAAGCUGAAUUCGAUCGAGCUAGGAAUCGGCGCCGCACGAGUACUACCCAGGGCGCUGCACCGACUAGACUUGAAUUAAGAGGGGACGAGCUUGAUCGGACUACUUCGCGUAGUAUUCUGCAGUACGAAUCCCCGGAGGAGGAGGAGGAGGAGGAGGAGGAGGAGGAGACCGCGGUCAGACCUCGGAUUCGCCAUAUCCCCAAGAAGAGGCUGUGGGACGAAGCGUCAUACCACGAAGAUGAAGACGAUGUACGGAGUCCGGGUCCGGGAGAGCCUGGUCCCUCGACUUGGGCUCAGAACUCGAGACGGACACUUGCGGCUUCCCCAAGCAGUCGGAUUCGCGCGCGUGCGCCUCGCUUUGAGCUGCAGACGAAGAGUAAGAAAAGGAAAGACACUUCUCGUUUUCCUUGUCCCCUCGGCUGUGUUCUGAAAUCUAGGAAAGCGUUGACUUUUUCCCGCCAGAAUGAUCUCAACCGGCAUUUGAGAUACGGCGCAGCUCACGCAUCCGAUCGGUUCAAUGCCAGCCUUGAAUGCUCUGAAUGCUUCAGGGUAUUCUCUCGUCCAGACUCGUUGAGGCGUCAUCGAAGAAAUUCUACGUCUUGUGCGAAGAAUAUUGCACGAGAUUUGAAGAAUGAAGAAUGCUCUGAAGACGACCCGGGCUAUGAUGAAAGCCAAUGA